AUGUCCAACUCUUCACGUCCCGCUUCUCAGCCUAUCCACAAGCGAUCCCACGACGACAUUGACAUCUCCGAUGCUAAACGUCCUCAUCUUAUGCUUGCGCAAGUUUCUGAUAACGACACGGACGAACUCUGCUUUAUGAGGGACUGCGGAACCUUAGCGUUGCUCAUGGAAUUCAAAUACGAGCUGGGUGCAGUCGAGCACCUCUCCGAUCAGCAUGCUGCCGACAUUCUCUGGGCGGCCGUCGCACAGGGCCACUGGCGGGCCACCCAUAAAGAUUGGCGCGUUACUAACUUCGAUGCUAGCAACAAUGAACGUCUGGCUUAUUUUUCACAAGCGACGUCUAUCACUGGGCCUCAACUUAGGGAUGCCUUACGUGAGGCCUGGAAUGAUCGGAAAUUCAAACACAUUCGGAACGCUGCCUUCUUAAAGCGGCCAUAUAUCGUUCCACGGGACAUCAGAGAGAUGGAAAAUGAAACGGUAACUGCUAUCCGCGUCGCGUGGAGGACGUCGUACGUCACUGACAGCGCCCAUUAUCUGUACGACCUCGUCUUAAAAAUGAAGCGGAAUACAUGGACACAAAACCGUAGACACGAUUACGACAACACUAUGGCGAUAAUUCAGAGCUCGGGGACAGGUAAAUCUAGGAUGGUAGAUGAGACAGCACGCCUUGUGUUUACUCUCCCUUUCAACCUACGCUCUGAACUUGCGUCCCGAGCUUUGGCGUAUCCUCCUCCUGAUCGGGCCGUUCGCGGAUACAUGUGUACCAAUCCACGUGAGGAUGUAGUUCACGUUCGAUACCAUUUGUUCCUCGGAUGCCUGUUUCGGCUGGCCAAAGAGGAGCUCGAAGCAGUCUACCAGGGCCCAAAGAUCUCUCAAAGGGAACUAGCGACCCUGUGGCGAGGCCAUCUUGAGGAGGAAGGUGUACGCGAUGGAUUUUAUGGGCGCAUUGUCGAAAUUUCUGAAAAAAUGGUUGCGUGCAAUUACACUCCGAUAACUACUAUAAGGGAUGGCACAAUCGAAGACAUGAAGAAAUUUGCACAAACCCUCGCCUCUAAGGUUGAUAAACUCACGGACACCGUCAAUAUCUUCUUAUAUUUCGACGCGGCGCACGAGUUAACUCGGGCUCCAUGUAUCGAAGGCACAAAAUCUCUCUAUAAAGUGCUACUUUCAGUUCUGAACGACUAUACCGACUUCCCAAUGUUCGUUGUGUUUCUUUCAACCACGUUUCGUAUCAGCAACUUCACGCCUUCAGGAGGGACCGAAUAUUUCGACGGUGCCACAGUAUCAAGCGGAGCACACCAAGCUCCCAUCACCGAAACCCCUUUCGAUUGUGCGCCCAAUAUUAUUGUCAAGCAGGACGCUCACACCCGGAAGGAUGUCGCAGAUGUGCGAUUCAUGUCGCGAUUCGGUCGACCGUCCUUCAGCUUUUGGACAUUCAUGAACCAGAUCUCAGAGAUAGAAAAGAAUCGCGCCAUCCAUUCGUUCCUCUGUACUCUCCGCAGUAAGCUCAUACAGGAGACAGACUACACAAAGCCACUCGAAGAUUGCAGUUCGUUCGGGCGACUAGCUGUGGCAGACGUUCGACUUUGUCUGCAGUACAUUGAAGGGAACGGGGCGUUUGACGUGCAAGCGCGUCUCAUUGCAAGCCAUAUGCGCCUUGCCUUUUCAGCCCCUGUACAUCGUCAGUAUCUCCGUUCUGGUUAUCCUAGCGAACCAAUGCUAGCCGAGGCUGCUACACAACAACUUCGCCUUUGGCGCAAGAAGAGGCGGACGGCGCUGCUCGAUAUACUCUUCGAACAUAUGGAACGUGGCCUUCUGGAUCGGGGUGAACGGGGAAAUGUUGUCGCCCGCAUGCUCGUCACUGAAGCGUAUGAUCUCGCGGUAGCUGAGAAAACUCAUCCCCCUUUGACGCCUGAUGAGCAGAGCCGAUUUUUCAGCUUGGGUUGCCACCUUCUGGAUUGGAUAGAGAAAUUAUUUUCAGAAGGGCGCGCUCAACAGAUCCUCGAGAGCUAUCCAGCGAACUGCAAAGGACAGAAGUUCAAAGACAUCUUCAAGGACGCAUGGAUCCGGUUUACGCACUUCGUCAAGUCUGCAGACGAUCACGUAAUCAAUACGCACUCUAUGUUCGCAGCAUUCGCUCGAGGCAUGGCGUACAUCUGCCAGAAAGGCGGAAGCUUCAUCGACAUCCUCGUUCCUGUCCUGCUCCGUGACGUGAAGCUCGGUUCCUCGGUCAUGACCGCCAUUUUUAUACAUGUCAAGCGACGCGACAGAGCUGGAAACUACAUGAUAGACGUUGAAGAUCUAGGCUUCUUCCACCCCGAACCCGUUGGCAGAUUUCCGGACGGAGAUGACCGCCCAUACAUCACGAUCGUCAUGGAUCUCGGCGUACGAAACACUCUCUCGGCCUAUGCUGCUAAACCUGCAGCACAGCAGAUGAUCAAGGAAAACCAGACCACCGAUGGAGGAAAGGACUUCUCUCAGGUGUCGGAUACCUCGACUCGACUCGACCUUCGCCCCGUUCCCGGCGUGACCCAUCCCCGCUACGCGAUCCACGUUUCCGGAUGCUCUGACACGAAUUACGGGGUCAUCGAUGAAUCUGACCGGGAGAAGUACAAGCAGCUCCUCCGCAUCAACGAGUUCCUAUACGAGCAUCCACGUCCAGAGACCAUUCCCAGGGUGAUGGCACAAGAGCCAUUCUUCGCACUUGGCUCGAACAGCUACUCCUGGGUGGAGUCGGAUGUGCUCAACGCGAGGGACCCUGCGAAUGCUGACGAUGAAGAGGAUGAGGAUGAGACGUUCCAUAUUAGUGAACACACCGACAAUUUCACGCGUAGCGAUUGA